AUCUGUGAGUGUUUAACUGAACGUGGACUGUUUCCGGUCAAUGCUUGUUUCUUCCGGACACUUUUCAAUGUGACGCAGAGCCGUAAUGGCGCCCGCGUUCAGAAUGCUGCGACAGGUGUGCAGCUCACUGUCUCGUUGGCGCUCUGCGGCCAGGCUCUUCUGUUCUCAAGCUUCAGCAGCAGAAGCUAAUCAUGCCGCGGUUAGACCUGCUUUUUUGCCACUGCAGAGUUUCUCAGAGGAGGAGAGCAUGAUGAGAGACGCAGUGAAGAAAUUCGCCCAGGAGCGCAUCGGCCCGCUCGUCUCCAGGAUGGAUGAGGACUCAGUGAUGGAUACGGGUGUGAUCAGUGCUCUGUUUGAGCAGGGCCUGAUGGGGAUCGAGAUCGGAGCGGAGUAUGGAGGCACGGGAUCCUCCUUCUUCUCCUCCGUGUUGGUGAUCGAGGAGCUGGCGAAGGUGGACCCGUCGGUGUCGGUGCUGUGUGACAUUCAGAACACGCUCAUUAACACGCUGCUGAUGAACCUGGGCUCCGACGAGCAGAAGCAGCACUAUCUUCCUCGGCUGGCCAGUGAUACGAUCGGCAGCUUCUGUCUAUCAGAGUCUGAGUCGGGCAGUGAUGCGUUCUCUCUCAAGACUAAAGCAGAGAAACACAAGGAUUAUUACGUCAUCAAUGGCUCUAAGAUGUGGAUCAGUAACGCAGAGCAUGCUGGGGUGUUUCUAGUGAUGGCGAACGCGGAGCCGGCCGCGGGUUACAGGGGCAUCACCUGCUUCAUCGUGGACAGAGACACAGACGGGCUUCACAUCGGUAGGAAGGAGAAUAAGCUGGGCCUGAGAGCCUCAUCCACGUGUCCUCUGACCUUCGACAACAUGAAGGUUCACGAGAAGAACAUUUUAGGGAAAGUGGGUCAAGGUUAUAAAUACGCCAUCGGGAUGCUGAAUGGAGGCCGGAUCGGGAUUGCAGCGCAGAUGCUGGGGUUGGCUCAAGGCUGUUUCGAUCACACGGUUCCUUACACUCGACAGAGGAUCCAGUUCGGCAAACGCAUCUUUGACUUCCAGGGCAUGCAGCACCAGAUCUCUCAUGUAGCGACUCAGCUGGAAGCGGCUCGUCUUCUGACGUAUAACGCGGCGCGCCUGAAAGAGGCUGGACGCUCCUUCAUUAAAGAGGCCUGUAUGGCCAAAUACUUUGCGGCGGAGGUGGCGACUCUGACCACGUCGAAGUGCAUCGAGUGGAUGGGAGGAGUGGGCUUCACUAAAGACUAUCCCAUCGAGAAAUACUACAGAGACUGUAAGAUCGGAACCAUUUAUGAAGGAACCACAAACAUCCAGCUGAGCACCAUGGCCAAGAUAAUCGACCAGGAAUAUGACACAUAAUCAUCUGAUGGUGAAAAGCAGCCGUCCGUAACAUAGAAGCCGUACAUAAAAACACUGAUGUAGUUUCUCAGCAGAAGCAUCUUCAGGAAUCUCCUCGAUUCUCCUCAGAAGUGUUUCAAGAGUCUGUGUGUCACUGAACUGUGUUUCACUCCUAAUAGAUCAUCGUGUGUUUCUCUAGUUAUUUAUUUUCUGAGACACAACGUAUAUGAGUACAAAACUUCCCUGACUAGUGUUUUCAUUAAGAUGAACUGUUAGACUUGGUUUAUGUUCCUGUUACUAGUAUUGAUUGAUCAGGUGCCUUAUUGAUCGCUGAGGUUGUGGGUUUGAGAUCGGUCAGAUCUUUGAUCUUUGUGUUUGUCUCUGAACCUGUUGAAUAAACUUCAUGAACUCA